CAUCCUCUUCUUGCGCAGCGCUGCAUGGCAACGGGAGGAGGAGGCUGCUCGGGAUGAAGGAGGGUACCAGCGUCCCACGUGUCCUCCUCACCGCAGAUCCAACGCAUUGCUCUUCGGUUUCCCAUCCCUUCGUUUCCGCAUACUGCAGAUUCGCAUAUACACACAUACAACCUCAUCCAUACACCCAUACGCAGCCUUGCGGAGCUAUGAUUCCGCGGUGCGCAUUCUCCCGUUGCACACUAUUUAUUCACUAAUCACUCUCUAGGUCUGUAUUGAUUAUCUUCGACAGAGGCCUGUCACUAAUUUUUUUCAUCAUUCUGAUAUGCAAAUCCAAAAUCUCUGUAGCAGUGUUGGCCGGAGCUGAAAGGGCGAGCGAUAGAGAAGGAGAGAUGAGAGGACGCGCAUCGUCAGAUGUUUAGCAGAUUGACUUUGGAUCCUCGCCAUCAUUUCUGCGUUUUUUUGGUCUUUUCCGCAUUCCGUCUGCCGGGUUCGUGACAUCCUGCGACUCUCCAUGCUGUAAUCCGGGGGAAUAUGUGAAGAUCAUGCUGGCGGUGUGGUGCUUCACGGUCUUUGCUGCAGUGGGCGAGAGGCUUGCAGUCUCAGGUGUUGACAGGAACCCAGAGGAGGAUGGGAGCAUGUGGGAUUGGUUUGCCCCGAUUGGGCAGACAGAUAGUGGGGACACUGCGACCGAGAUCAUUUAUCCAAAGCGCCUGGUACAGCAAAUCAAGUCGGAGGAGGAAAUGGCUCAUGACUACUUGGAUACCAGGGUGAAGAAUAGCACUGGGGACACCUUGCCUGUCCACUUGGCCCAGAGCUGUUUCCAAGUCGAAGCCUUUGGACGCACCUUCACUUUAGACCUGGAAUUAAACCACCACCUCCUGUCUUCAGAUUAUGUGGAACGGCACUUUAACCAGGAUGGCAGACCUUUGCAGUCUGUGGGAGGGGAACACUGCUACUACCAGGGAAGGUUAAGAGGUUUACCAGAGUCCUGGGCAGCUGUCUCAACCUGCCAUGGCCUGUGUGGCAUGUUCUCUGAUGGCUUCUUCUCUUAUGGUAUUGAGCCCUUUCACAAUGAGAGCAGUCAGUAUGGUGGUGCUCACUUAAUACGCAGGAUGCCUGAUGUCAGACUUUCGCCCCACUGCCCAGACUGUACAGAGGACAGUGAGUGGGAUGGCAGAGGAGGUGAUGGUGAUGAUGACAGACCAGACCAAGUGAGGGAACAGCAGGCGUCUGAGGGGCUGCGACGAUCCAAGCGAAGUGUUCGCAAGCCCUCUGUGCAGACUGAGACCAAAUAUAUUGAGCUGAUGGUGGUCAAUGACAAUGACAUGUUUGUACAGCUGCGUCGCUCGAGCAGCCAAACAAAGAACUUUGCCAAAGCUGUGGUCAACACGGCAGAUACGAUCUAUCAGGAACAGCUGAACACAAGGAUCGUGCUGGUUGCCAUGGAGACCUGGACCUCUAAAAAUAUGAUGCCAGUAGUGGAAGACCCAUUGAUAACACUGCAAAACUUCAUGAAGUACAAGAAGGACAACAUCAGAGAGCAGAGUGAUGUAGUCCAUCUUUUCUCAGGGCGUACAUUUCAUAGUAGCCGCAGUGGGACAGCCUACACAGGAGGGGUGUGCUCUCCGACACGAGGAGGAGGAAUUAACGAGUAUGGAAAUGUAGGUGCAAUGGCCAUCACUUUGUGCCAGAGUCUCGGCCAGAACAUUGGGAUGAGGUGGAACAACGCACGUAACUCCGCAGGAGACUGCAAAUGCCCAGAUGCCUGGGUGGGCUGCAUCAUGGAAGACACAGGAUUCCAUCAGCCCAGAAAGUUUUCUCGCUGCAGCGUCGAUGAGUACACCCAGUUCUUGCUCCAGGGAGGUGGUAGCUGCCUCUUUAACAAGCCCAACAAGCUUUUGGACCCUCCGGAGUGUGGGAAUGGCUUUGUGGAGCCAGGGGAAGAGUGUGACUGUGGAUCCCAGCUGGAAUGUGCCCGUAGGGGAGGAGCCUGCUGUAAAAAGUGUACCCUUACCCAUGAUGCCAUGUGCAGCAAUGGACUCUGCUGCAGUGGCUGCAAGUAUGAGCUGAGAGGCGUGGUGUGUCGACAGGCUGUGAAUGACUGUGACAUCCCAGAAACUUGCACUGGUGACUCCAGUGAGUGCCCUCAUAAUGUCCACAAGCUAGAUGGCUACAUGUGUGAUAACAGUCAGGGACGAUGUUACAGUGGGCGAUGCAGGACUCGUGAUGGGCAAUGCAGGGGGCUCUGGGGUUAUAAUUCAGCAGACAGGUUUUGCUAUGAGAAGCUGAAUGCUGAGGGGACAGAGAAAGGAAACUGUGGCCCAGGUCCUGAUGGCCAAGGCUGGCUGCAGUGCAACAAGCCAGAUGUUUUAUGUGGCUUCCUGUUCUGUGCUAAUGUGACAAUGAAGCCAAAGUUUGGAGACCUCCAAGGUGAGGUGACCAGCUUUACCCUCUACCACCAGAACAAGUACCUGGACUGCAGAGGUGGCCAUGCUCUCCUAGAGGACGGCUCAGACCUGGGCUACGUGGAGGAUGGCACUCCCUGUGGUCCCAACAUGAUGUGUUUGGAGAGACGCUGCCUCCCUGUGGCUGCAUUCAACCUCAGCACAUGUCCAGGAUCCAAUUUUGGACGCAUUUGUUCUGAUCAUGGGACCUGCAGCAAUGAAGUGAAGUGUAUCUGUGACAGGGACUACACCGGGAAGGACUGCAGUGUCUUUGAUCCCAUCCCUGAGCCCACAGUCGCAACAGGCCCAGAGAAGAAAGGUCCAAGUGGCACCAAUAUCAUUAUAGGGUCCAUCGCAGGUGCUAUUCUCCUGGCAGCUAUAGUCCUAGGGGGAACAGGAUGGGGAUUUAAGAACAUUCGCAGAGGAAGAUCCGGUGGAGGAUAAGAUCCGUCUGUCUUUCUGUCUCUGUGUCCUGUCCACUUCCGUCUUCCUCCUCGCACUGUGUCAUUUCCACAUCGAAGAAGAGGAGAACAAAAAAAAAAAAAAAGUCUUCCACUACUCUCCCACAAUCUCUCCAAAACCUCUUCCGAGUAUCGUUUCCUCCACGAUCGUGUCUGCUCCUUUCGUCUGUCCUCCUCAGGCCUGUGGAGCUCCUCUCACCAUACCAGCCAAAUCAUACUCACGUGGCUGCUGCCAGCAGGCCGCUGAGGAUCAUGU